GGACAGUUCUGUGAUUAUUGCAAUGCUGCUGAUCCCAGCAAAGCUCACCCGGUCACCAAUGCAAUUGAUGGCACAGAACGCUGGUGGCAAAGUCCUCCUCUUUCUAUGGGCUUGAAGUACAACGAAGUCAAUGUCACUUUAGAUCUGGGGCAGCUCUUCCAUGUUGCCUAUAUCCUUAUCAAGUUUGCAAAUUCUCCUCGUCCAGAUCUCUGGAUCUUAGAAAGAUCAGUGGACUUUGGAAAAACUUACACUCCCUGGCAAUAUUUUGCUCACUCCAAAGCAGACUGCUUGGAGCGCUUCAGAAAGGAAGCGAAUCUUCCAGUGAGGAGGGACAGCGAUGUCCUUUGCACCACAGAGUACUCUCGCAUUCUGCCUCUUGAAAAUGGAGAGAUUGUAGUAUCUUUGGUAAAUGGCCGCCCAGGAGCAAAAAACUUCACUUAUUCCCCCAGUCUUCGAGAAUUCACGAAAGCAACAAAUAUCCGCCUUCAUUUUCUCAGAACUAACACACUUCUUGGACACUUGAUUUCAAAAGCUCAGCGAGAUCCCACUGUAACUCGUAGAUAUUACUACAGUAUAAAGGACAUCAGUAUUGGUGGUCGAUGUGUUUGCCAUGGCCAUGCUGAAGUAUGUAAUGCAAAGAGUGCUGAAAACCAAUAUCAUUUUCAAUGUGAAUGUCAGCAUAACACUUGUGGGGAAACCUGUGAUCGCUGCUGCCCUGGAUAUAAUCAGAAACAGUGGCAACCUGCAACAGCCAGGAGCACAAACGUGUGCGAACCCUGCAAUUGCCACGGACAUGCCACUGAUUGCUACUAUGAUGCCAAUGUUGAUCAGCGUCAAGAAAGCUUAAACACCCAUGGGCAUUAUGAAGGUGGAGGAGUCUGCAUUAACUGCCAGCAUAACACAGCUGGUAUUAACUGCGAGAGGUGUGCAAAAGGUUACUAUCGUCCUUACCGUGUUCCAGUGGAAGCUCCUGAUGGUUGUAUACCCUGCAGCUGUAACUUGGAGCGUGCAGAGGGCUGUGAGGAAGGGUCUGGCCGCUGCUUCUGUAAGCAGAAUUUCCAGGGAGAAAACUGUGAACGCUGUGCUGAUGGAUUCUAUGGUUAUCCAUUUUGUGUCCAUAUUCCUGUAUAUCCUUUUACUUCUGCAAAUCCAAGAGAUGCUAUGGCUGGUGACUUAACAGGCAAGUUCUUGAAGGUGGCUGCGAACCAGGAUAUUUUGGCCCCCGGUGCCUGCCCUGCCAGUGCCACGGUGCAGGAGUGCUGGGCGGUGACUGCGAUGGAAAUACCGGACAGUGCAGAUGUCAAACCGGAUUUUGGGGUUUUUUCUGUGACACCUGUGCCACUGGGUAUUUUAAUUACCCCUUCUGCCAGGCAUGCGAAUGUCACUUGGCGGGUACCCAUCCCGAAGUCUGCAAUUUUCUUGGGAAGUGUCUUUGUCGCGCCGGGGUGGCGGGACUUCAGUGUGACAGCUGUCAGCCUGGCCGUCACUCAUUCCCUGCCUGUCAAGGGUUUCACCGGAGUACCUGAGCUGCCACCGAGGUCUAGCCUGCCUUGUACAAGAGAGGAAGAAUGUAACUGUCAUGCUGUUGGCUCAGUGGGGAAUACAUGUGAUCAUAGAGGUCAGUGCCUGUGCCAUAGUAACUACGUUGGACUUAGAUGUGACCGGUGUGCUCCAGGUUAUUACAGCUAUCCCAGUUGCUUGCCUUGUGAAUGCUCUCCCGAGGGCUCCCGGCACAGCACCUGUGAGCCCCUGUCCGGGCAAUGCGAGUGUCAAACGGGCGUCACAGGGCGACAGUGUGACAGAUGCUUUUCUGCAGCUGACACCUUCCCCUCCUGCAAAGGUGUCAACAGUGAAUGUGACCCUUCAGGUAGCGUUGUUUCUCAUUCCGGUUAUUGUCAAUGUCUUCAGCACGUUGAAGGUCCUGCCUGUAGUAAAUGCAAACCGUUGUACUGGAACCUGGCCAGAGAAAACCCUGAGGGAUGUACAGCAUGCCAGUGUGAUGUAAAUGGAACACUAAGUGGAGUUGCAGAAUGUCAACAGGAAAAUGGGCAUUGUUACUGCAAAUCUAAUGUUUGUGGAGAUUCCUGCGACACUUGUGAAGGUGGUUAUUAUGCUCUUGAAAGCAAGAAUUAUUUUGGCUGCCAAGGUUGCCGAUGUGAUGUUGGAGGAUCUCUCAGCCCAGAGUGUGCCGAGCCCUCGGGGACCUGCCAGUGCAGGGCACACGUCGUGGGGACCGACUGCCGGCAGCCUGAAAAAAACUAUUUUUUCCCUGAUCUGCACCACAUGAAAUUUGAGAUUGAGGAUGGUACUACUGUUGAAGGAAGGGAAAUUCGAUUUGGCUAUGAUCCUCGGGAAUUUCCUAGCUUCAGUUGGAGAGGAUAUGCCCGGAUGUCCUCUAUACAAAAUGAAGUGAGGAUAACUGUGAAUGUGGAAAAAUCAAACCUCUACUUAUUUCGCAUUAUCCUGAGGUAUAUUAACCCUGGAGGUGAAUCAUUAUCUGGUCGCAUAUCUGCUUGCCAAUCUCAGCCUGAAGCAGGGGCUGCUCAGAGCAAAGAGUUUGUCUUUCCACCCAGCAAGGAGCCAGCUUUUGUCACAAUCCCAGGAAAAAGCACCACAGAGCCCUUCUCACUGGUUCCAGGCACGUGGACUAUCAGUAUAAUGGCAGAGGAAGUCCUCUUGGAUUAUAUGGUGCUGCUACCUAGAGAUUACUACGAAGCGUCCAUCUUGCAGAUACAAGUUACAGAGCCCUGCGCCUAUUCAGAACGUGCUUCAGCAGAGCACUGCCUGCUCUAUCGGCAUUUGCCAUUGGACAGAUUCUCCUGUGUCCUUGGUUCAGAGGCAGCGUAUUUCGGGCACGGGGGAGAAUACGGAAGACUACCCGUGCGACAGCCAACUCCUGAUCAACCAGUGAUGAGCCGUAUCAGUGGAAGAGAGGUCAAUUUACAGAUGACCAUAAAUGUUCCUCAAGUUGGUCGCUAUGUUCUGGUUUUUGAAUAUGCCAAUGAGGAGGAUCUGUUACACACUGCCAAGGUAGUAAUACAGAGCCCUGGACCUGUCACUGAAGGCAGAGUAAGAAUAUAUAGUUGUAAAUACAGUUUCCUUUGUCGCAGCGUUGUAGUUGAUGACAGGAAUCGUGUUGCAGCCUAUGACCUUCUUGCAGAUACAAAAAUACAUCUUAAGGCAUCAUCAAUUAAUUUUCUUCUGCACAAGGUUUGUAUUAUAUCAGCUGAAGAAUUUUCUUCAGAAUAUGUGGAUCCUAAAAUACAGUGCAUAGCAGCUUACAGGAGCACCCAUGAUGGAAGUGCAACCUGCAUUCCCUCAGUGUAUGAAACUCCACCAGCAGCUUUGGUUUUGGAUGCAUUCAAGGACGGGAAAGUUUCCGAAAUACAGAGAAAUAUAUUGUAUGAUCCGCUGAGCAUCACUUUACCUUCUGACUCAGUUAACGGAGUCACGUUGACACCAUUACAGAACCAGAUUACCUUGAGUGGCAGAGUGCCUCGCCUGGGCAGACAUGUAUUUGUGGUACAUUUUUAUCAGCCAACACAACCAGUGUUCCCCGUGCAAGUGCGUGUGGGUGCAGGACGUGUGUGGUCAGGUUCCUUCAAUGCUUCAUUCUGCCCUCAUACCUCUGGCUGUCGGGAUCAGGUGAUUGCAGAAAACCAAAUUGAGCUCAACAUUUCUGAACCUGAGGUCUCUGUUACACUGGUGAUACCCGAUGGAAAAAUGCUGGUUCUGGAAAAUGUCUUAGUUGUUCCAGCAGACACCUACAGUUACAAAAUUCUUGACAAAAGGACAGUGGACAAGUCAUUUGAUUUUAUCAGCCAAUGUGGAGGAAACAAUUUUUAUAUUGACCCACAAGAGUCGUCGGCCUUCUGUAAGGACUCUGUGAGGUCACUAGUGGCUUUCUACAACAACGGAGCCCUGCCGUGUGAUUGCCACAGCGCAGGUGCCGUGAGCCCUACUUGUAGCCCCCUGGGAGGACAGUGUGUUUGCAGACCUAACGUCAUCGGUCGUCAGUGCAGCCGAUGCCAAACUGGCUACUAUGGAUUCCCGUUCUGCAAGCCGUGCAACUGCGGGCAACGUCUUUGUGAUGACGUGACUGGUAAAUGCAUUUGCCCUCCCCGAACUGUGAAACCAACGUGUGAAGUGUGCGAGGAACGUUACUUCAGCUAUCACCCUCUUGCUGGCUGUGAGAGCUGCAAUUGUUCAGAAAGAGGAGUCGUUAAUGCCGCAAGCCCAGAAUGUGAAAAAAACAACGGGCAAUGCAAAUGCAAACCAGGAGUAAAAGGAAGGCAAUGUGAUCAGUGUGCUCCUGGUACUUACGGUUUCCCAAACUGCGUGCCGUGUAACUGUAACAGAGAUGGAACAGAACCAGAUGUUUGCGAUCCCCAGACAGGAAUUUGUCUCUGCAAGGAGAAUGUUGAAGGUGUGGAAUGUGAUACUUGCCGACCAGGAUCCUUUUAUCUGGACCCUUCUAAUCCCAGGGGUUGCACCGCUUGCUUUUGUUUUGGAGCAACCAGCAACUGUCACAGCACAAAUCGACGUAGAACCAAGUUUGUGGACAUGAGGAACUGGCGCUUGGAGGCAGUGGAUGAAAAUAUUGACAUUCCAGUCACUUUCAAUCCAGUCAGUAACAGUGUAGUGGCUGAUAUUCAAGAAUUGCCUGCUUCAGUGCAUAGUUUGUACUGGAAAGCACCACCAUCUUACCUGGGAGAGAAGCUUUCUUCAUAUGGUGGCUUCCUAAGUUACCAAGUGAAAUCUUUUGGCUUACCUAGCGAGGGCAUGGUUCUUUUGGAUAAGAAACCUGAUAUACAACUAACAGGCCAGCAAAUGAAAAUUGCUUACAUGGAUCCCAACAACCCCCUGCCUGACCGUCAAUAUUAUGGCCGUGUGCAGCUAGUUGAGGGAAACUUCAGGCACGUCAGCACCAAUAACCGUGUAUCCAGAGAAGAACUGAUGACAAUCCUGUCUAGACUAGACAGCUUACACAUCAGAGGCCUUUACUUCACAGAGACUCAGCGAUUAACCCUUGGGGAGGUUGGGCUGGAAGAAGCCACCAGCGAAGGCAGCGGCAGCAUUGCCUACAGCGUAGAGACGUGCUCCUGCCCUCCGGAGUACACUGGUGACUCAUGUCAGGAAUGUGGCCUUGGAUUUUAUCGUGAGAAUGAAGGAUUAUUUACUGGACGCUGUGUUCCCUGCAACUGCAAUGGAAAUUCAAAUAGGUGUCAAGAUGGUACUGGAAAAUGUAUUAACUGUCAGUAUAAUACCGAUGGAGAAAAAUGUGAGCGCUGUAAAGAUGGUUAUUUUGGAGAUGCCACUCAAGGUUCCUGCCGGGUGUGUCCUUGCCCCUAUACAAACAGAUUUGCAACUGGCUGUGUGGCAAAUGGUGAAGAAAUUCAAUGUCUCUGCAAAGAGGGCUAUACCGGCGUCCGUUGUGAACGCUGUGCUCCAGGAUAUUUUGGAAAUCCACAAAAAUAUGGAGGCUACUGUCAGAAGUGUAAUUGUAAUAAUAAUGGACAGCUGGCUAGCUGUGACCGCCUGACUGGAGAAUGUUUCAAUAAUGAACCAAAAGAUGUGGAUCCCAAUGAAGAUUGUGACUCUUGCGACAGCUGUGUGAUUACACUGCUGAAGGAUUUGAGCAUAAUAGGUGACGAGCUUCAGCUCAUUAAAUCUCAGCUGCAAAACGUCCAUGCAAGUACCCACACACUGGACCAGAUGAGACGUCUGGAAACACGCAUCAAGGACUUAAAGGUCUUAUUGAACAAUUACCGUUCCGUUGUUCAUAAUCAGGGUUCAAAGGUAGAUGAGUUGGAGACAGAAUUCGUUAACCUAAAUCAUGAUAUAAAUGCUCUCCAAGAAAAGGCUGAAAUGAACUACAAAGCAGCUGAGAUAUUAUUUAAUAAUUUUGGCCAAACUCAUCAGAAAGGAAAGGAUUUGGUUUCACGAAUACAAAUAGCUGUCAACAGUAUACAAGUUCUCUUGGAACAAAUAGCUGGUACAAAUGCAGAAGGUAACAACUUGCCCUUGGGAGAUGCUGCCAAGGAACUGGCCGAAGCUCAACGCAUGAUGACGGAGAUGCGAAACCGCAACUUUGGCCAACUUCAAGCAGAGGCAGAGAAGGAGAGAACAGAAGCUCAGCUGUUACUGGCACGUAUUAAGAAUGAACUACGAAAGUACCAGCAAGAAAAUAAUGGGCUUAUUAAAAUUGUGCGGGAUUCAUUGAAUGAAUAUGAGUCCAAAAUCACUGACCUUCGUGAAGCUCUGAGUGAGGCCACAGGACAAAUCAAGCAGGCUGAAAACCUAAACAGAGAUAAUGGAGUUCUGUUGGAAGACAUUAAGAAACGGAUUGAGGAGACAAACGUACAACAGAACAAUAUCUUGGAUAUUUUGAGCUCUGCCCGAUCUUCCCUGACACAAGCUAACAGUGUACUUGGAUUAUUGCAAAAGAGCAAAGAGGAAUAUGAAAGCCUGGCUGCUCAGCUGGAUGGAGCAAGGAAGGAUAUGAAUGAAAAGCUGACAAAUCACUCCUUAUCAGCAAGCAAAGAACCACUGGUGGUGAGGGCUGAGGAGCAUGCCAAAUCUUUGCAAGACUUGGCAAAACAACUGGAAGAAAUAAAGAACAGUGCUAGGAAGGACGAGUUGGUAGGCUGUGCUGUGGAAGCUUCUACUGCCUAUGACAAUAUUAUUAAUGCCAUCAAAGCAGCAGAGGAAGCAGCCAACAAAGCUGGGAGUGCAGCUGACUCAGCUUUAUCGAUUAUGAAGAGAGAAGACCUAUCAGGAAAAGCUGCAAAGUUAAAAACUGAGAGCAGUACACUUUUGAAUCAAGCCCAGGAGACUGAAAGGACAUUACAAGCUAUUGGUCCAACCCUUGUAGACAUGAAGCAAAGGCUUGAUGCUGCUGACGGAAAGAAGAAUACACUGCAAACUGAUCUUGUCACUCUUCAAAAUAAUCUCAAUGGGAUAAACAGAGAUGACAUUGACAGCAUCAUCACCAGUGCAAAGAACAUGGUAAGAAGUGCCCAGGAUGUCACAACCAAUGUAUUGGAUGAACUCUUCCCAAUUCAAGUAGAUGUGGAAAAAAUUAAGAGUACCUAUGGAGGCACGCAGAGCGCUGGCUUCAGUAAAGCACUGAUGGAGGCAAACAAUUCAGUAAAAAAAUUGACAAACAAACUUCCAGAUCUGUUCAGCAAGAUUGAGAGUAUCAACCAACAGCUGAUACCAAUAAGCAACAUCUCUGAGAAUGUAAAUCGCAUAAGAGAGCUGAUUCAGCAAGCAAGAGAUGCUGCAAAUAAGGUUGCUAUUCCUAUGAGGUUCAAUGGCAGCUCUGGUGUAGAGGUUCGACCUCCAAGCAACCUUGAAGAUCUGAAAGGCUAUACUUCACUUUCUUUUUUUCUCCAAAGACCUCAGACAAGAGUAGACACCCCCCAGACGGCAUCCAAUAAGUUUGUACUGUACCUGGGUGAUAAAGAU